AUGCAGCAAGUAUUACAGAAUAUGAGGCAGCAGCCAACGGGGGGAGCAGCAGCAGCAGCAGCAGCAGCAGCAGGAGAGGGGGGGGGCCCCCAGGGCCUCCCGCAGGGUCCUGCUGCUUUCUUAGCGGCGAUGCAGCAAGCAGCAGGUGUUUCUGGGGGCCCCUCUGGGGCCCCCGGUGGGGGCCCCUCGGGCGCCGCGGGUACUGGUGGGGGGGCCCCGGGGGCCCCCGGCACAGCAGCAGCAGCAGCAGCAGCAGCAGCAGCAGGGGGUAACAGUCUCUUUGGCCCCGGGGGCCCCAAUCUAUCCACGAUGGUGCAGCAAGCAGAAGAAAUGAUGAGAUCAAACCCAGAGCUGAUGAUGCAGAUGAUGCAGACUUUUGCGGGGGCCCCCGGGGGGGCCCCCGGGGGGGCCCCUGGGGGUACCGGGGGGGGGGCCCCCGGAGCUGCAGCAAACCCCUUCAGUGCAUUUGGAUCCUUCGAUGGUCUAGGCGGUAUGGGGGCCCCCUUCUCUGUACCUGCAGCUGAUACGAGGCCCCCAGAGGAGAGGUUCGCGCCUCAGCUGCAGUCUCUGAUAGAUAUGGGGUUUAUCGACAGAGACGCCAACAUAGCGGCCCUUCAGGAAGCAGAUGGAGAUGUAAACGCCGCAAUAACUAGGCUGCUAGAGAGAGGUUUAGGAAAUUAG